AUGGAGUUUGAAUAUUUAUAUUUCACUGUAAUAAUAACUACAUACAAAAUAGAAUUAAUUAUAUUUGGACAUCGAUUAAAAGAUUAUCAUAUCAAUACACAUCUAGGUGACAGAGUAUCAGAGAUAUCCAAUCAUUUCGAGAAACUUCAUCAAUUCCUCAUUGUUGAAGAACAUAGAUUGAAGAAACCACUUACCAUCGAUCAAGAUAUCGUUAAAGAUAACUCUAAUAAUGUAAUAGAUAGAUGA